UCCAAUCCUCUCUCUCUUUCUCACACACACACACACUUUUCUGUCGCUCUCAUCCUCCUCCACCUGUUUCGCACUCAAACUCGCAAACUGAUGAGUUCCAGGCUCAGACAUUUACUCAGAAACACAUUUUUGAUGAUUGUUGAUUUAACAUAUAAGCCAACUUCGGAUCAGAAAAACGCAUCAUUUUAUCAGUGUGAACGCUUGAGGGAUGCGUGACGGAAACCGUUCUGGAGGAACGUCUACUGAUAAACUUACUGGACUGUAAACGGGAUGAAGAGCGUCAUUUUGUGGACGACACACUCGAGUAAACAUAAUUUUUUGUUAACACAAAUUGAAGAAAACCUCUUUUUAAGAAGCUGGGUUAUCUGAACGCGUGUAUUACGGUUAAAUUAAUGUCGUUAUUUUGAUUUUUCAAAAUUAAUUCAAAUUUUGAUGUUCAGUCAGGACCGUUUGGACGUUACAUUUCUCAUUGUAUGGUCAUUUUCUCAAUAUUAAAUGACUAAGAAGCGACUGCAGACUCAGCAUGUGGAAUAAAGCGUUCUUUAAAACGUGAAUAAAAUUAUUAUAGACUAUAUUUGAGUUGUUAUUGAACAUGGCGAACACACUGGAGAGAGAAAUUCUGGAGCGGGAGCUGCGUCCGCGGCUGUGUUACUUAACGAAAGGAGAUCGCGGUUACGGAUUUCAUCUUCACGGUGAACGGAACAGAGGAGCGCAGUAUAUCCGCAAAAUCGAGCCGGGUUCCCCAGCCGACCUGUCCGGUCUCAGGUCUGGUGACCGGGUGGUGGAGGUGAACGGAGAAAACGUGGAGGGAGAGACCCAUCACCAGGUUGUUCAGAGGGUUCUGGAGGUGGAGCACCGCACCCGGCUGCUGGUGGUGGACAGGGUCACAGAUGAGUUCCUAAAGUUUCACGGUCUGCCGUGCACAGAGGAGAGGGCGAUGGAGAUGGGCUCUCUGUCAUCUCGCUCCUCUGCGGCGUCUUCUCCUCGAGGUCCUGCAACACCUCCUCCAUACAGCAGACAGAGCUCAGAGGCCAUCUUCAUUAACAAGAGUCCGAGCAGCACUGGAGGAGUGAUGAACGGCUCUCCGCUUUACAGAGCUCAUGCCCGGCUGACAUCACCUGUGCUUCUGUCUCCACCAUCACCCAAGACUAAAGCAGAGACUGAGCCUUUCAACCAACUCGACGACAAAACCAGCGUCACAUCUGACACAGAUUCAUACACUAAACACAACGACGAAACCAGCAUCAUGUGUGAGACCGAGUCUUUCAGCAAACACAGCACUGAAUCCAGCAUCUCUCCUGAGUCUGAGCCCGAACCCUUCACCAAACCCACUGAAGAAACUAGGGUUAUACAUGAGCCCGAACCCUUCACCAAACCCACUGAAGAAACUAGGGUUAUACAUGAGCCUGAGCCCUUCACCAAACCCACCGAAGACACUAGGGUUAUACAUGAGCCUGAGCCCUUCACCAAACCCACCGAAGACACUAGGGUUAUACAAGAGCCUAAGCCCUUCACCAAACCCACCGAAGACACUAGGGUUAUACAAGAGCCUAAGCCCUUCACCAAACCCACCGAAGACACUAGGGUUAUACAAGAGCCUAAGCCCUUCACCAAACUCAGAGAAGAAACCAGGGUCAAACAAGAGAUUGAGCCCUCCAUCAAACUCAGGGAAGAAGCUAGGAUUAAACAUGAGAUUGAGCCCUUCACCAAACUUAGAGAUGAAAUUAGGGUUAUACAAGAGCCCGAGCCCUUCACCAAACCCACCAAAGACACUAGGGUUAUACAUGAGCCUGAGCCCUUCACCAAACCCACCGAAGACACUAGGGUUAUACAAGAGCCUGAGCCUUUCACCAAACUCAGAGAAGAAACUAGGGUUAUACGUGAACCCAAGGCCUUCACCAAACUCAACAUUGAAAGCAGCGAUACCAAACAGAAGGCUGAAAGCGUCCGUGAGCUCAGCACUGACCUCAGCAGAUCACAGACCAGCGCACAGGAGGAGUCGUCAGAAGCGGUGACAAAGGACCUGCGUCCGCGACUGUGUCACAUGACCUUAAGCGAGCAGGGCUACGGCUUUAACCUACACUGUAAGAAGUCACGCGCGGGUCAGUUCAUCCGCUCGGUGGACCCCGACUCUCCAGCGGAGCAUGCAGGCCUGAGGCCCCGGGACCGGCUCAUCGAGGUGAACGGCUGCAGUAUCGAGGGUCUGCGUCACGCUGAGGUGGUGGCGCUGGUCAGAGCGGGUGGAGGAGAGACGCGUCUGCUGGUGGUGGAUCCAGACACUGAUGAACUCUUCAGCCGACUGGGCAUCGCUCCUACAUCUACUCAUCUUAAAGAGGACUGUGUGGACGGGCCAAUCAUAGAGAUUCCACCUGUGUCUGCUUCAGCCCGCACCUCUCCACCAAUCAUCAACAUCAGCCUGACGGAUCCACCAAUCACAAACGGCUCCCCGAGACACCAAAGUUAUAGAAGCUCCUCCUCCAGAUCCACCUUAUCAGAGACCAGCGCCGAACUCAGCUUUGAUACCAGCAACAAACUUACAGAUUCUGACCAUCACUCCAGCGAUGAUGCUCGUAAACCCAAACAUGAUGGAAAGUCCAUGGAGCGUCCGCUAGAUCCGUUCCGGGAGAGCGGUCUGCAUCUGAGUCUGACCGCAGCCGAGGCCAAACAGAAAGCCCGCGCCAAACGACCCAACAAAAGAGCGCCCCCUAUGGACUGGAGCAAGAAACAGCAGAUAUUCAGCAACUUCUGAAAGAUGUUCAGCAACUCACUUCUAGACAGACCAAAGACACAGGCUUUAUAAAUUUCCUGAAAUGAGGGAAGUUUGGCAUCUUUUAUGAAACGAAAGGAAGAAAAUGUGUAUGUUUAUUAAGAAAUGCAGAAGGUUUUUUCUUAAUGGGCAUCAUUUUAUGUGAUUAAUUUGUCAAGUUCCCUCAGAUUUUCUAACAAAACAGCUAUUUCUACACAUAAGGAGACUGAGAGACAGUUAAAAAAUGUGAUUACAAGACAGAAAUGGUAAGAAAAACAGAAGCAAAAUGUCACUGCAAGUGAAAAAUAAGACGUAGACUGAACGUCAAGCUGACAAAAAGUCAUGAUCUAGCCGUAUCAGAGAGAAUGUACAGUAAGUUGUGUUGGAUGAUAAUGAUAGAUGGCAAGAAAGAACCAUAGAAAAGAGUUGAGUCUAAGAUUAACAGAUGGAGAGUUAACUUAAAUGACCUAUUUACUAACUAGUGAACUUGUAACACCUCACAAAAUUCACUAUUAGCAGACAUAGCCACAUUUAAAAUGUUAAUUUAUGUACUUUAUGUUAAUUGAAAACAGGUAAAAGUUUUUGAUGACAUCAUCCUGCACUACACAGAUUUCCGUCCAAUCAGAAACUAAAACAGUUGUUAUAUUUUUUGAAGGCACAAGCUCCACCCACACUAAAAUGUUUAUUUAUUUGUCUUCUUGUCAUUUUGUUAGAAAUGUUGGCUUGAUUUUUUUAAAAUGAUACAGAUUAUGAUUUAUUUGAUCACUCGGACAUUGCAGUUCAGCAGAUUUCUAUCAUCUCAUUGUAAAUCAAUACUAACCUGUCUGAACAACAUCAUGUUUCAAAAAUAAAACUCUAACUGGCUUUAAUAGUUUGCUACACCAACAUAUAUAUACAUAUACUAUUAUAAUAAUAGCGUAUUAUAUAUUCUAAAUACAAAUAGUAGUACAACAAUGUAACUAAUCACAGAAAAAGUCCUUAUAUUUUUAUCUUUUUAUCAUUUUAAGCUUAUUUUGUUUGUUGUUAAUGUAUAUAAACUGUUCUUGUCGCACUCAUAUGAUGUAUGUACAUUUUCCCAUAUGCCAGACUCGCCCUCACACACAUAUAAAGCGAAAUAAACAAAGUAUUUUAGACAGAAGUUGUAAUAAAGUGUGGUCUUACUCUGACGGUGCAACCUGACAGUCUCUCUGGCUCUCUCAGUUCCCCGUCGUCAUCAGAUCUGCACUGGCGCCAAAUGAAACCGCCACCCUCAGAUCCCUUUCUGGAGCCCUUCAGACCAACUGCGUUUUGUUUUAAACACAGCCGUGAGGAUAUUUUUUAACAGACGUCAGCGUUUUAGCGUGUUAUAUAUAUAUAAAAAACGAUCUCGUCUGCUGUUUCAGUAAGUCUUAUCUGUGUACAAUGCGUAUAGUAUGCCGUUUUCGUCGUGUUUUCUCAGCUUUUAUGAUAUUUUCAUGUAUUUUAACCUCUUCAUCAAUCGCGAACUGUUAGAGAGGGAAACUGAAGUAAACUCCUCACACCUGCUGUAACGUCACUUCACUGGUCAGCCUAAUCAAUAUUUAAUUAACGGUAAUAUUUACGUUUAUAUCAUCAUUAAUAUAUCCUGAUGUCCUGUAGCUUAACUAAACGAACGAAUCGUAA